AUGGACAAAUUAUCUGGUCUCGCCUCCAAGCUCGGUGGAAGCAACUCCGCAUCCGCCAACCAGACUCAGGGACAGCCACAGGGCCAGAGGGAGGAUUACGUCGACAGGGGCCUCGACUACGCUGAACAGCGCGUCGGCGGCGGCAAGGUCGAUUCUGCCAAGAUGCGGUCGACGAAUGAGAAGAUCACCGACACCGCUAGGGAGAAGUUUGAGAAGGCGACUGGACGCAAGGUUCCCGAGAAGAUCUCUAACUGA